GCCACCUAUCGUGAGGCGUGCUGCCUGCGUGGCCUUCUGCAGGACGACCGCGAGUGGGAGGUGACGAUGGAGGACGCGGCGCACGCACAGAUGCCGGCUCAAAUCCGGCGCCUCUUCGUGACGCUGCUGCUCUUCUGCGCACCAGCCGAUCCGUCAGAGCUGUUCCGGCGUCACCUGGACGCCAUGUCUGAUGACUUCGGCCGUCGUCAUCGCGACCUGCCGGACGAGCUGCGCGCUGCACUAACACUGGUGGACCUGGAGCGGCAGCUACAGCAGGCCGGCAAAGAGCUCCGAGACUUCGGUCUGCCGGAGGUGACGCCCGAUCAGCGGGCGCGGGCAGCUGAGCUGCAGCAGGCCGCCGAGCUGCGCCAGCUGCCGCGGCUCAUUCAAGAGGAGCUGGAAUAUGACGCAGCAGCGCUCAGAGACCAGGUGGCCAUCCAGCUGCCCACUCUGCUGCCGCCGCAGCGCCACGUCUUCGACCUGGUAAUGACGGCCGUCGACGGGCGGCGUCCGCUGGCCGUGUUCGUGGACGCCGCUGGUGGCACCGGAAAGACGUACGUCUUCAACACGCUGCUGGCGGCGGUGCGCUCGCAGGGUAUGGUAGCGCUCGCAGUGGCCUUCAGUGGAAUUGCUGCCACUCUGCUGGACGGCGGGCGCACAUACCACUCGCGUUUCAAGGCACCGCUGCAGGUGGACGCGACAUCAACGUGCGCCAUCAGCGCGCAGAGCCCGCUGGCGGAGCUCAUCCGACGGACGGCGCUCAUCGUGUGGGACGAGGCCCCCAUGGCCCACCGUCACCACCUGGAGGCGUUCGACCGCACGCUGCGUGACGUCACUGGCAGCGAGGAGCCGUUCGGCGGAAAAGUCCUCGUGCUGGGCGGGGAUUUCCGCCAAAUUCUCCCAGUCAUCAGGUAACUAACAACA